CCCCAGGCUGGGGGGUGACAGGGCAGCGCUCGGCUUUCAGCCCAGCCUCCUCCUCGCCAGCGCCUCUGUGCUUGCUGAGAACUCCCCAGCCACCCAGCCAUGAGCACCACAUUUCUGCAGACCUCUUCCUCCACCUUUGGGGGUGGCUCUACCAGGGGGGGCCCCCUCCGGGUUGGGGGAGGCGGCUUUGGUGGGGGGAGUCUCUGUGGGAGCGGUGGAAGCCGGACUAUUUCGACUUCUUCUGCUAGGUUCGUCUCCUCGGGGUCAGGAGGGGGCUACGGGGGCGGCAUGAGCUGUGGCUUCGGUGGAGGGGCUUGUAGUGGUUUUGGGGGUGGCCUUGGAGGUGGCUUUGGUGGGGGUUUUGGCGGUGGCUUCGGUGACUACAGUGGUGGCGAUGGGGGCCUCCUCUCCGGCAAUGAGAAGCUCACCAUGCAGAACCUCAACGACCGCCUGGCCUCCUACCUGGAGAAGGUGCGGGCCCUGGAGGAGGCCAACACGGAGCUGGAGGUGAAGAUCCGGGACUGGUACCAGAAGCAGAGCCCCAGCAGCCCGGAGCGGGACUACAGCCCCUACUUCAAGACCAUUGAAGAGCUCCGUGACAAGAUCCUGGCGGCCACCAUUGACAACAACCGGGUCAUCCUGGAGAUCGACAACGCCCGGCUGGCGGCGGACGACUUUAGGCUCAAGUACGAGAACGAGCUGGCCCUGCGCCAGAGCGUGGAGGCCGACAUCAACGGUCUGCGCCGGGUGCUGGACGAGCUGACCUUGGCCAAGACCGACCUGGAGAUGCAGAUUGAGGGCCUGAACGAGGAGCUGGCCUACCUGAAGAAGAACCACGAGGAGGAAAUGAAAGAGUACGGCAGCCAGCUGGCCGGCCAGGUCAACGUGGAGAUGGACGCGGCACCAGGCGUGGACUUGACCCGCGUGCUGGCCGAGAUGAGGGAGCAGUAUGAGGCCAUGGCGGAGAAGAACCGACGGGACGCCGAAGCCUGGUUCUUCAGCAAGACAGAGGAGCUGAACAAGGAGGUGGCCUCCAACACAGAGAUGAUCCAGACCAGCAAGACAGAGAUCACAGACCUGAGGCGCACGAUGCAGGGGCUGGAGAUCGAGCUGCAGUCGCAGCUCAGCAUGAAAGCCGGGCUGGAGGGCUCACUGGCUGAGACGGAGUGCCGCUACGCCACACAACUGCAGCAGAUCCAGGGGCUCAUCAGCAGCUUGGAGGCCCAGCUGAGUGAGCUCCGCAAUGAGAUGGAGUGCCAGAACCAGGAGUACAAGACGCUGCUGGACAUCAAGUCGCGGCUGGAGCAGGAGAUCGCCACCUACCGCAGCCUGCUGGAGGGCCAGGACGCCAGGUGGGGGAUGGCUGGCAUUGGCUCCAGAGAAGCAUCUCUGGGAGGCAGUGGCGGCGGCAAAGUUCGCAUCAAUGUCGAGGAGACAGUGGACGGGAAGGUGGUUUCUUCUCGCAAGAGAGAGGUCUGAGUGCCCAGUGUAGCAGAGAUGUCCCUCGUCACCUCCCCGCUUCCCAGGCUGAGUGGAGGACUGGCUAGAGGGGCCAGAAGAGCAAACCCUAGUCCCUGCUUUCAAAGGGUCAAGCUCUCUUUGUUGAGUGCUCCCCCUCCCACUUCCCUCCAGAUCUCCCCAUCUGCUUUCGAGCAGCGACGGGCAGGAAGCCACUGGAUUGUGUAACAAGGUUGUUUGUGCCAUGUGUAUCCAUGCAAUAAAGAAUUGCUUUUCCUUUUGCAAAUA